AUGAUAUCCGAAAAGGAAGUGCGAGUGCGCGAACUGGAACAGGCUCUUCGCGAGAGCGUCAGACUGACUGCUGAGAGAGAGGCGCACGUUGCAUCUCGAGAGGAUUCGACACGUCAGCUGGAACAUCAGUUACGAGAACUACGUUCUACAGUGGAACAUCUCCAGAGGGAGAGGAACAACCUCUCCUCACAGUUGGCUAGCCUUCAAGAAGAGCUGCAUGAUCGUGAGAGUCAGUUGAAGAACCUCAAAUCGGAGUGUGUGAGUUUUUUUACAGCCCUUUCUUAUCUUACUUUUGCAUAUUCUUAA